AUGGAUGAAAACUCCCGUAAGCUCUACUUAUGUGAGGAAGAGAGCAAGGACCAGGGUCCAAAAGUCGAUUCUGAUGACCUUGAGGAGAGAAUUGCCGCACGCCGACUGCGCAUUGCAAACCGGUUGGCGUCAAUGAAAGCAAGCGCCUCCGAGGAGGAGGAAGGGGCGCAGAAGAAGAAGACAGUCUCUGAAGAAGAAGAAGCUAAGGAAGCUGAAAGCAGGCUGGCGCCCAUGCAAGUCGGUCUAAGCAUGCAGAAGAUAGUUAAUCUCUGCCGAAACGGCAACGCGUUCAUCACCAACAUCAAGGUAGCCUGCGAUGCGCGGGAGAAUCUGCGGAGGAUGGAGGAGGAGGAACUGGCGUUGGUGCGGAACCAGAAACUGGACGCCGAGAGACGGGCAGCUGAAAAGCUCUUCGAGGAGAUUGAGGAGAAAUGGAAAGAAGUCGAAAGCACAACUCUUGCUCACGAUUUACAUGAUAUACUGGAGGAGUUGAAAACUAAUUGUGCUAAAAUGAUUGAUGAAAAGAACAAGCUCAUCUACGAAAUACAUCUGGAAUUGAAGGCCAAGGACGACCAUUUUGUGAAGGAGCUAAGGAAACGAUCCGAAGACGUCGAAAUUAUGGUCGAACGAAUGGAAUCGCAAAUGAAAACAAUGCAACAGGCCUACAAUUUUGAGUUAAAAGAAAUCGAGAAAGCCUUCCUCCAGGAUCGUGAGAACCUCCUGAAUGAGCAAAACGCCGACUGGGAGGCCUUCAUGGAGGAGCUGAAAAAGAAACAAGUCGACUACCUCGAGGAGAGAAAAAGUCGGAUAAUUGAACUGGAGGAUUUGAUAAAGAAGCUACGAACCAAUCACACGGAGGAGUUUAAUGCACUCAAACUUCGACUCAUGACGGAGGUCCAGAAUAUGGAAACUGACCUGCAGAAAAUGAAGGCGACCUAUCAGCUUAACCUCGAAAAAUUGGAGUACAAUUUCCAGGUGCUUAAGCGCCGGGAUGAGGAGAACACUCAGACGAGGUCACAGCAGAAACGCAGAAUCACCCAACUCCAGGACCAGCUCAAUCGUAUUCGUGUUCGCGGCAGGAAGCAAGAAGAAACGCUUCGUCACGAAAACCAAAUUCUGUCGGAAGAUUAUAAAAAGAUGAUGGAGGCGUUCAGAGAAUUGCAGAAAAAAUCAAAGGUUCUGAUUGAAUCGGAAGAGCGCAAUUUCCUCGAAAUUUGGAACAUGAACGAAGAUGAGUUGCGAUUGGACUCGCAGAAGUUGUUGGAUGCUGACAGAAUCAUCACUGAGCAGCAGUUGGGCCUAACGUGGACUCCACCCGACGUAUCCUUCAUGAAAAACAGUGGACCGAUCUCCCUUGCGGCCAAGCAGAAACGCGAUAGUUCGCUGGCAGACAAUUUGCUCAAGUCGACGACACAGAUUGCCGACAACACCGGGGAGGGUAAGAAGUCGACGCCUAGAUCUCUCAAAGAGGCCCCACCAGAAAUAGUGAAACAGUUUCUAGACAUGCUGGCCUUCGAACCGGAAUUUUUAAUUGAAGAGAAGAUGAAGCGGCUUCUACGCGGCAUGCCGAGAGACAAUCAGAAGCUCAUCCGUCUCGAUUCGGUGCUGAAUGUCCUUGGUGUCUAUAACGAGGAGCUUUUGGAUAAACUGUUCACGUACUUCAUUCUACCGAGUGAUGCAGGUGGGAAGAUGAGAGGCGCCUCGCCGUCCGCGGAACCCUACCUCGAUAGCGGACAGGCAACUGACAAUUCCACUGCCACAGCCACCGAGACGACGAAUGUCAGAGAGGGGGCUACAUCAGGGGCAAUCCGGCUUAUCGAUCCGGUGGACGUAGCAGAAGCCAUGCAUCGAUUUGCCGUUGAAAACUGCUUUGAUCCGACAGUACUGGAAAUCACCUCAGAUGGAGCAAAGCGCAAGUCAAAAAAGGAGGCUACGACAACCGGUGCGGCGUCUGCGAAAAGCAAAGAGCAGAGAGUUUCGGUUAGGCAACAAGGUUUGCUUGACGAGGAAAUGGACAGGAAACAUUGGCAGAAAUAUGUUGACGUAUUGGUGCCAGAAGACAAGAAAUUGAUGUGGGUUGGACUGACCAAGGCGCUUCAGCGUUACCUCCGAUUACUACGUAGACGCUCGGAGUUGAUCGAUGGAAAUGAAAAUCUUCGCAACCAGAACGCUGAACUGAAGCGCCUCCUAAAACUUUGUAUUGAAUCUGAGGUAUGCUUUGUUUUAAUUUAA